AUGGUCUCAACUCGCAACCAACGCAAAGCUUCUGGAGAAGAACUUUUAGGUCCUUUGCUCGCACACCGAAAGCUAAGGUCCAAGAGAGACAUUAUGACUGGAGAAAACAAACAGGAUACAUCUAGUGAUGGCGAUCGCAUCACUAAGCUUGAGCAACAAGUUGAAAACUUGUCUGUGUCAAUCCUUAAACUCGUGGAGAGUUUGAAGACUAGAAAACCUUCACAUCCAUCAACUUCAUAUGAGCCUAAUCAAAAGCUCAAGAAAAAGGUUGUUGAGGAUAGCGAAGAUGAAGACAACACACAAGCUGAUCCAACGAAAAAGGAAGCUGAAUCAGGUGACAAUAAAAAUUCUAUUGAUACCUUAAAGAUUGAUUUUAAGGUUGACAUCCCUAUAUAUAAAGGAGAUGUUGAUCCUGAAAAGCUAGAUAACUGGAUAGACACAUUAGAAACUUAUUUCACAGUUUAUAAGUAUUCUAAUGUGCAAAAGAUAAAAUUUGCGAGUUUGAAACUUUCAAUCCAUGCCCUUACAUGGCGGAAGUCCUAUCAGAGACGGUAUGAUGUCUCAGAAUUAACUUGGAAGAACUUCAAGAUACUUUUGAGACAGCUAUUCUAUCCAGUUGGCUAUGAAGAUGAAAGAUAUAUACCGGAGGUCAGGAAAGAACUAAAAUUGUUCACCGUAGAUACUAUUGAAGAAGCUACUGUAAAGGCCAUUGCCAUUGAGGCAAGAAAUAAAAGAACUGACAAGAAGGAUGACAGAUCAAAACUUAUCAACAAAACUGACUGGCAGAAAAAGGGGAAGCAGAACAAGGAAGUGCUGGAUACUCCAUAUGAGUUGUGGCCAAAGCGCGAGAAAAACAACCAGGGCAGAAAUGACAGAAAAGCCACCUUAGUUGCACAACAGGCAGAAGAGCUUCCAGAGUUGAAGCAACCUGAUGUUACACUUACCCUUAUGAUAAGACCAGCAAAUGCUGAAGACAUGUACAACCGUGAAGAGUUAUUUAAUGUGAACAUUCAGGUGAAGCAAAGUGUUGUACAAGCUAUCAUUGACCCUGGAAGUCAGAAAAACUUGAUUUCAAAGGCUUUGGUGACAUGUGAGGUGGUUCCUUUGGACAUUUGCCAAGUCAUAUUAGGCAGUCCAUAUUUAUGGGACCGAGAUGUCAUUCACUAUCGGAGGCUUCGCAAGUAUCGACUUGUGAAAGAUGGAAAUGAGUUCCACAGCAACGCUUGCAAGCCUCAAGCUACAGAUAAUUUGCUUACAGAUAACUUACUAACAGCUAACCAAGCCACAAGAGGUUAG